CAUGAAUCUUCUCAAAUAAUACACGUCAGUGCUCAGUCACUGAAACGCUGGCAUCAUUCGGGUAAUCCGAAAAGUGUAAUAAUUAUUUCGAAAAUUUAGUGUAGAACGAAAAAAACCAAAAAUGUCAGACGUCAGAGACUGGUUCAACUCGUUACCGAUAUUCACGAGAUAUUGGCUGUUAUUAACCGCGGUUCAUUCUUUAGUGGGAAGGUUCGGUAUAAUCAGCCCUUACUCGCUAAUAUUGAUGUAUGAUCGUUUCAUACAAAAUUUUGAAAUUUGGCGAGCUGCUACGAGUGUAUUUUAUUAUCCAUUGAACCCGGCGACCGGCUUUCAUUUUAUGAUCAAUUGCUACUUCCUGUACAAUUACUCACUGAGAUUGGAGCGCGGCGAGUACGAUGGCAGACCAGCUGAUUAUUUCUUCAUGUUACUUUUCAACUGGAUUUGCUGUGUCGUUAUCGGCCUUAUCGGGAAUAUACAAAUCCUCAUGGAUCCAAUGGUCCUCAGUGUUCUUUAUAUUUGGUGUCAACUCAAUCAAGAUGCAAUCGUUAACUUUUGGUUUGGAACACAAUUCAAAGCAAUGUAUUUACCAUGGGUGCUGUGUGGAGUGAACCUGAUAUUAUCAGGAGGGGGAAUGUUGGAACUGAUAGGAAUCCUCGUUGGACAUUUGUAUUUCUUUUUAAAAUUCAAAUAUCCACAAGAAUAUGACGGUCCUGAAUUACUGAACACGCCAAAAAUAUUGGAAAACUAUUUCCCGCCUCAACGAGGUGGAGUAAGAGGAUUUGGAUAUACACCGGCCCAGAGAAUGGGUCAGCAACAAGCAGCUGGUCCAGGAAGAACCAUUUUCAGAGGUCACAACUGGGGUCAAGGAAGAGUUUUGGGUCAAUAGAUCUCAUCACAUUUUUUUCUAGUUUCACCCAGAACUUCCAGAGUUCCCUUCGAACAACAAUUUGUACAUAAUUUAUAAGAGUUUACAUACAUUGUGACGAUCGUUGGAAAUUCCGUCGAUGCGCUCAAAUCAAAAUACAAAAUGUCAUAUGUUACCGAAAAAAUCAUUGUAUUUCCGCCAGUUAAGAAGAUGUAAAUCAAGCGAAAAACGACUCGAUGGUUCUCCGCACACGUCGAAAUUUUUAUUUGUCGUGUUCGUAUCCAAACUAGGAUAAAGAGUUUGUAAAUUAAGCAUCGAGACGAAUGAUCAUUGUACUUUGAGUGAGAAAUGUACGAAACGAUACGAGAAACAUGUUCACCCAACAAAGUGUUUUUCUUUAUCUUUUUUUCGUUAGUUUUUUCAUUGUUGUUUAAAUUUCUUUACACCAACGUAAUUACUUAAGGUUAUUUAUUGUGAUAACUUUAUAUACUACAAGUUCAUAAAUUACCAUGAAGACUCAA